GGUGGCUGUGGCAGUGAUACGGCGGUAUUCAAACCACUGGCGACUUCAAACUCCGCAAACCGUGCCAAGCACCUAUAGACUUUGUCCCCCGACAUGUCACGUGGCGUCACGUGGCAUCGGAGAACUUGCGUUGAACGUUGGUGUCACCCUAGGCCUGUUACCCAACACGCUGUACUCCAACUCUUUGCAACUAGCCGCACUUUCUCGCAACUGUCAACUUUCGUGCCCUUCCACAUCCUGUGCUGGUCUUCUGUAUCCUGACCUACCUGUGCACCUCUGUAGACCUGGUGAGUCUCAUGCCUCACUUUUUGGCUGAUGUUAUUUCCACCUUGCUUCUCAUUCUCCACACACUUCCACCGGAUUCUAAUGACCACCAGACAUAUUCUACACCAUUUGAUCCACAAGAGUUGUGCUCUGGAUGCUCUGGUAAGUUUUUACUUAAUUUUUCAUGUUUUCACUCAUUUGUGUCAUUCUCUCUGCACUUAGUUGGUCCAUGUAGUCUGCCUUUUUCCCUUUCCUACCCCCAUUACCCCCUCAGAACCCCCUCCCCUAGCUCUCAAAAGACUUCAAUACUUUACAUAUUUACUACAUGUAGAUGUCAUUAUUAAAUAGAAUAUUUCAGACCAAGCUGCAUAUGAUGCUGGUGCAGCCUCUAUAUCCUUUGUACAUUUAAUAGGUGUC